AUGGCCAUCUUUUCGGGAAAGAUUGUACCCAAAACCAUUGGCGAGGAAAGCAACUUUUUCGCGUGGACCAUUCCCAUCAUGGACUCCUUUUCCGCUCGUUUGGAAGGCGACACUGAUGAUGACACUACGGUGGUUCUUGGUACUCUUUGCUCCUUAAUGAAAGCCUUGGCACAGCUCCUAGUUGGUCACCCCGAAAACUGGGAACGGUUGAUGCACGUGGGUGGCUUGGGAGCCAUUGCCCGUGUCAUGCGAGCAUCUCCGGUCGUCUCGGACUUUUCGGACAUUCAGGAACAUGGGUGUGACUUGCUGGCUUGUCUGAUCCAAGGAAACGAUGCCGCCCUGAUGGAGUUGUUACGGCCUCCUGAAAAUGACUCUAGUAGGCUCACGAUGGAUCACAUCCAAGGACUGGCUCGUUCCAAUGUUGACAGCAUCCGGGAGAAAUUUGAAUCGUCGUUGCUCCCCGAGCUGUGCAAGCAAGUGAUGGUUGUCAUGAAACGCACCAGCCGGGACGAUGACAUACAGGUCAUGGGCUGUGACAUGUUGGUAUGGUUGAUUUCGACAAAGCCAGCAACGGUGGCUCCAUUAGUGUGGGACGACGACGCCGGUAUGAUGAAUCACUUGACGCAGUUGUGUCUUUUCGUUGACGACAAUUCAACACUCCUGCUGCCAAAAUGCCAAGCAGUGUUGAGAGUCCUGUUUGAACAAGAUGGCGAAACGGUGUGUAACAAAAUGUUCCAGGCAGCCUAUGAAGUUGGCUCUCCAGAUUCCAAUCCUGCGUAUAGCUUUGUGACGACACUGCGAGCGUCCCGAGGAAUCGCAAAAAUCGAGUAA